AUGUCUGAUGGCAACUACUACCGUGAACGCGAAGAAAGAGAUCCUGUCGUUACCUUUCCCGAAUAUCCUGAGCUCAACAAUCUACUAGCGAAUAGUUCAUGGUUGACGGCAUCAGGGACAGCUGAGAGUUUGGAACUGCAAAUCGAACGGUUGGCCGUCGACUCAUUAAACGCAUUAGGCGUUAGGAACGAUGCCUAUGUUGUUGAUUGUGGCCCUUCUGUUGCAUCGUCAGGUAAAAGCGGCCAAAACACUUCAUCACGUACACUGUAUGACCCAUCGAUUUCCGAAGUAUGCGUUGACAACAUUGCGACUCUGCAGGGCAAGUACAAAGGUUGCACCGGUCAACAAGAUGCGGAGCUCGUAGACCUCAUUGAAGUAAUGAAAAUUACGGCGACGGCAGAAAAUCGUUCGAAACAGACAGGUAAAAAGACGCAAGAAGAGAAAAGGGCUAGUAAGAAGGAGCAUAAGAAGGAGGGGGACAGUCUGUUGAAGUUGUCACACAUAGGUCUGUCCAAGCAAACUAAGAGUCCGCCUGUUGCCUCGGGUGAACCCCGAUCAGCUCUGAAGACUUUCCCAAGCCUGGACUCUCACAGACGUCACCUGCUAGCCGAGAUGGCAGAAGCCUUGCAUCAAGAAGUUCAGCCAAUGACCGAUUUUCAAAUCAGCUCUCUAGCGGAUAGUAAAGGAAGAGCUUGCGAAGUCAAAAUUAGCCGAAACAGCGAGGAAUUGAAGCAUCCCAACUUUCUGCUCAGACCACCAUUUGCCCCAUUUUCCAGCGGUCAAUCUUUUCUUCUAUCUUCAAAAAGUGGCCAAGGUCGCUGGUUCCUUUAUGUCAUGUCAAUGGACAAUUCCAAAGAGCGGUUCGAAUUAUGCUUGAAGCUUCACAACUUCAAUCAGGCUAGCUUACCGAUCGAUUGGCAAAAAGCCAAAAUUGAAAUACUGCCCAUAGAUGGACAAGAGACUCGGAUGCUGGGGGCUUUAGAGAGAAUUGAGCGCUCUCAAUUUCUUGGGGUUGCGUUAGGACGUAUCCCACCUAAUGUAGCUAGUGACUACAGCAAUGAAAACCUCAACAUAAGCGAGAGACUCAACGAUUCUCAACAUCGUGCUGUGAGCUCUGCUUUGAAGGAGAAGGUCACCUUGGUUCGAGGGCCUCCAGGUACCGGGAAAACGGCGGUCAUAGCCGACAUUGUCAAAGAGCUACUCGAACGCAAUGAAGGCUGGCCAAUACUAUGCGUGGCGGAAUCCAACAUUGCAGUUGACAAUCUGUAUGAGAGGUUAUCAGGCAUUUGUAAUGGGCCAAGUUUACUGAGAGUUACAUCCACUGCCAAAGAGCCCUCAUAUCCGCCCGACGACAGCUUGGGAGGUGCUUGCUUACACAACAUAAUGUUUCCACUGUUACCCCCAAAUUUGCAGAACGUUAAAAAACUGUUGCAAGAGAGAAAAUAUGAGGCAAUUGCAGCGGACGAUUAUCACAAGCUAUUGGAAGCCCAAGCAAAGUUGAAGUUCAAAAUAUUGAGUAAAGCUAAAGUUGUGCUCACAACUAAUAUAGCGUCUGGAUGUUUGGUAUACGAGGGUACUUACGAAUUCGAAACGGUGAUCAUGGAUGAGUGUACACAGGCAACAGAGCUUUCUUCUCUGGUGCCGAUAUCACUUCCUCAUGUCGAAAAGUUAGUUUUCCUGGGAGAUGAGAAGCAGCUGUCCUGUUUCUCCAGAAAUGGUUUAAAGCAAGUGUCGUUAUUUGAAAAAUUGCUCGCUGAUAAGAAUUGUAAUCCAGUAAUGUUGCAUACUCAGUACAGGAUGCAUCCAUUGAUCUCUGAAUUUCCGGCAAGAACGUUUUAUCACGGCUCUUUAAAAGAUGGCAUCAGUUCCGAAGACAGAGAAUGGCCGACGCCAUUGCCUGUCAUAUCGUUCCACCAUCUUGAAAAUGCGAAGGAAACAGUAGUUUCAAUUGGCACAGACCGCCAAUCUAGACACACCUAUCGGAAUCUAGGCGAGGCGGAAAUUGUAUUAAAGAUUGUUCAAGACUUGAUUUCAACCAAGGGCGUUCUGCCUGGUCAGAUUGGUGUGAUAACUACUUAUUCCGCUCAAAGAGAUUUGAUCAUGAAAAUGGCAAUGGACCUCUUCCAGCCUGAGCAGAAACGCUCGUCGACUCUGAGAAAGAUGAUGAACGAAAGUGGAGAAGGCGGCAUUGAACCACAAGCUAUCACGAACAGCGUCAAUGGAAUGGUGAUCGCGACGGUGGAUUCCUACCAGGGUCAUGAAAACGACUUCAUAAUCCUCUCAUGCGUAAGAAGCAAUAACUACGGUGCCAUUGGGUUUAUCGCAGAUAAGAGAAGAUUGAACGUCGCACUGACUCGAGCUCGAUACGGCCUAUUUAUUGUCGGAAAUAAAAGGACUCUAACUUUGAAAGGCGCAUUAUGGCGGAAGUUGAUAGACCACUUUGAGAGCAGAGGUGCUUUGACAUAUGGUUACAAGAACUUGAAUGAAUAA